AUGAUACCGCAGACAAUUCAAUCUGUACUCGAUGCAGACCGUCAACAGCCGCAGUUCAUGUUAGCAGUUGGAAAAAAAGCGACACGUGAAGAAAUGUUGGCGAGAGCUAGCGCAAACCGAGGUCAACCUCUGACAGAUGAUCCUUCUGUGGUUCCACCGAUGAAUGAUAAACCAUUCAGCUAUUCGGUAUUUAAUGAAUUGAUGCCGCCAAAGAAAUAG